AUGGACAGCAGACGCAGAACUCAGUCAGGUACUCCUCACCUGGAGGGGCAGCAGCAGGGUCAGGUCCGGGACAGAAACCAGACUCUCCUGAGCAUCACCACAGACGGACGGACGGAGGGACAGAACACAGCCCACCAUGAGGAGCUCCUCCUCUGGAUCACAGCCGGGUUUGGACCGGUGCUGGUCUCAGUUUCCGGCUUUAACUCCCCGCCCCUCCUCUUACCUCCUCCAUCCUGCGGCUCCUCAGACACAGACAGGAGGAGCAGUAACAGGAGGAGUAGGAGGCGCUCACACAGACUAAAGCUGUCACUAGGUGGUGCUGGUUCCUCCUGAAAGUUCUCCUCCAUCAAUAACCGAAGGACAUGCAGAGAUGAUCUCCAGAGAAGAUAAAGAGGAGGUGUGUUUCAGUGAGGAGGCGAGGAGAGCUCCUCCUUUUAAUCACACAAUAAUAAUAACGACGACGACGAUGACGCAGGGAAACUCAAAGAACUGCUCUGGUUCUCCUCAGUCACACAAACAUCUCAGAUCUCCAUCUAGGACAGCAUGGACCUUCAGAGUGGACCUCUAAAUAACUGGUCUCUGAAGGAGGAGGGAGACACACGGACAGGCAGCCUGGUCUCACUUCCAAGAACAGUCUGGACUCGGGUCCAGGGCUGGAUUUAGCGAUAAGCCGACCAUAUGAGCCGCUCUGUCUGUCCGUCUGUCCGUCUGUCUGCUCUGACCCCGCCACAAUAACAAAGGCGCUCAGCGGCGGCGGGCCCCCGGCUCCGUUUACUCAGCGGUGUAAUGUUUGUGCUCUCAUGGCCCCGCAGCAGCCCGGCUCAGCCCUUAUCAGGGGCCCCGGCUCAGCUCCGCACGGCCUCGCCAUUCUGUGUAUUCUACCACUGCAAACAAACCGCACAAAGGCGAGGAAAACAGAGCGAGGGAGCGGAGGAGCCGGGUCCUGGGGCCUCCAUCCCUGCUCCUCCUGACAGAAAGAGAGGAGGAGGAGGAGGAGGAGGAGGAGGGUGCAUUCCUCUCUCCUGGUGCCCCGGAGGGCUGUCGGCUUUGGCUGCAGAGAGGAGAGUGA